GUUCAAUCACAGGCUCUGUGAAGCUUACGUGGAGGAAAACUGGUCUCCCGGCCAGGUGGUCAUCAACCUUGUGGCCACGGACCAUGACGCCUGGGACCUGGGCAAGCUGAGAUACACCGUCCUGCACCAGACCUCAGAGGCAGCCGUCACCAUGAACAAGGAAGGCAGUCUAUACACUGAGGCACCCCUGGAUCGCGAGUCCCUGCCCGUGCACAGCCUCAAGGUGUCCGUGAUGGACGAAGAGAUCCGGGCCAGCUUCACGGUGGUGCGCGACAAGAACAAAAACCCACCAGUCUUUACGCUGCCGGAGUACCAGGCGAACAUCAUGGCUCCCAGGACGACCAUUCUCAAGCUCCAGAAAACGACGAAAGGAAGAACCAAAGGAAGGAAGGAAGACCAUCUCAGAAGACCCCAGAGUCAGCCCCUACAGUCCAUCAUAGUCCAAGAAAUAGCUGAAGGAAGUCUAAAGUCCAAGCAACCUUCCUUUUUUUCUGAUUCAAGUUGUCUUUACCUUCAGCGAGGGGGCAAGGCGACCAUGGACCUCUCCCUUCCUUUUCUUUCCUUUCCUUUCCCUCCCUUCCUUCCCUUCCCUUCCUUUUCUUUCCUUUCCUUUCUUUUCCUUUCCCUCUCUCCCUUCCUUCCUUUUCUUUCCUUUCCUUUCCCUUCCUUCCUUCCUUUCCCUUCUUUCCUUUUCUUUCCUUUCCUUUCCCUCCCUUCCUUUUCCUUCCCUUCCUUCCUUUCCUUUCCCUUCCUUCCUUCCUUCCUUCCCUUCCCUUCCUUUUCUUUCCUUUUCUUUCCCUUCCCUUCCUUCCUUCCUUCCUUUCCCUUCCCUUCCUUUCCUUUCCCUCCCUUCCUUCCUUUCCCUUCCCUUCCUUCCUUUCCUUUUCUUUCCCUCCCUUCCUUUCCUUUUCUUUCCCUCCCUUCCCCUUCCUUUCCUUCCCUUCCCUUCCCUGUCAUCAGCCCCACUGUGUCUGCCAUCCAUGUCUUGCAGCAGGCCAGCGAUGAGUUCGAUCCUUUGACAUCCUCUUCUUCCUUCCAAGCAAGCAGUCACUCUCUCCUCAGCACAUGACCCAGAAGCUUCACUUGUCCUAUGCUUUUCAUCUAGUGCCUGUCUGCUGCUGCUGCUCUUUGUCAUAGAGUUAAGUUGUCAUUAUCUUAGUUAGUUAGUUAGUUAGAGGUCCAGAUAAUUGUUGUAUGGGCAAGACUCCUGUCCCUCCCUCUCCUUCCCUCCCUUCCUCUCCCCCUGUCCCCCAAGUUCCCAGUCUGCGGAGGUCCGGAUAAAUGUUGUAAGGGUAAGACUCCUGUCCCUCCCUCUCCCUUCCUUUCCAGUCUUUCUCUCUUGUUCCAUUAUUUAUUUUCUCUCCCUCCCUCUUGCGUUGCUCUCUCCCUUCUUUCAUCUCCUCUUCCUUCAGCCUUAUUAUCGUCUUCCUUCUAAUCCAUAUCAUUUUCUCUCUCCCUUUUACAUCUGCUUUAUUUCCUUCUCUCUCUUCAAACCCAUUGGAAUAACAAUAAUAAUUACACACACUACAAUUCCAUCUUUAUUUAUCAACAGCACACACACACACAGGGGAGGUCAUGUGGCUAUCUAUGGUGUGGGUUGGGUCGCUGUCUAAGAGGGCAUGUGUCUGUAGGGUUAUAAACAUCCUGUAGGGUGACAUCCUGUUGACCUUGUGACCUGAGAGAGAGGGGGGGGGGGUCCUUUUAUGUGGCUGGGGGGUAUGUGUCUGUGGGGAUUGUCAACAUACUGUGGUGU